AUGUUAUCCGACAUUCUGGCCGUGUUCGUCGUUACACUUAUCUCAUUGUUUUUAUCCAUCACAUACGUACACGGUCUCCCAGCUUCACCAUCAACCCUUCGCUUUAUCCGUCGUCAUCCAUCUGCUGAUUUAUAUUCUUCACUCAGGCUCUUACGUCGUCAUCCAAUACCGAGUAUUGAUUAUGAUUUAGGUGGUGAUAUAUCUCAAAUGUUGAUUGGCGAAAGCAAUGAAUUAUCAACAAUUGACGAUCAUAAUGAUGAUUCAUCGUUGUUCGCUUCUUCUCUUCAUGCACCCGAUGAGCCAUUAGAGUUUUAUCGGCAACCAUCAUCAUCUAAAUCAUUGUCUAGAAAAUUAUUAUUAUUAUUAAAAAAUCAACAUCAACAAAAAGAAGAAGACGCGCAACAAGAACCAGAACCAGAACAACGGCAACAGAAACGAUCCCCAUCAUCAUUAAUCAACACAUCACCUUCAGUACCGACACAAUUCAAUUUCAAUUCGGCUAUUCCGGCAGGAGCGUAUUUUGAUCCAUCUCAUGCAAAGAGCGUUGUCGAUUUUAGUCAGUUGAAUGAAUCGACACGUUUGUCACCUUCACUCAAGCUUUUGGUUGAAACAAAUCCGUUUGCAAGAGCUUGGCUUACUCUGCUUUUACAAAAAGUCAUGGAAGAACAACAAGUACCGUACAUUUUCAAGUAUGGUCGACGUCGCAAGAAAUAA